UUAUAUCUUCCUAUUUUAGAACUUUAAAAUGAAUUAUCAUCCAGGGUUUGAAAUGGGCUUCAAUCCACACUUCCCACCAUAUCCUGUAUAUCAUAGUAAUCUUAAACGACCGUUUGAUACAGUUCAGAAUCCCUAUGAAGACACAAAUUGGAAACGAAGAAGGGAAGAACCUGACCUUGAAAAUGAAGAGGAUGAAGGAUUAACAUUUACCAUAGAUCAUCAGUUUACAUACUGGAAUCUACCAGUUAAAGCCAGAGUUCUCCUCGUUUCUAAUUUACCUGAGGAAUUGAAUACCCCGGAGAGAAUAUUCAGCUUGUUCUCUCUGUACGGAGAUGUGGACAGGGUCAAGGUUAUCCGGCGGAAGGUUGCAUGCGCCCUGGUGGAGUUCAAUACGGCAACAUUUGCCGCUAUCGCCCGGGACUACCUGGACAAUUAUAUUUUCAAAGGGCAGAAGAUUGUUGUUUCGUUUAGCAGGUUUGACCGGAUAAAACUACCGGAGGAGGCCGGGUUCAGGAACGAGGGGCAAACCAUGGAUUUCUCUGGACCUGAUUACCAAUCAUAUCGGAGAUUCUGCACUGAAGAACUUAAAAAGAGAAACCAGAAGAAAAUUACAAAACCAACCAAUUUAAUUUAUAUUGGAGGAUUAGAGGCCAACAUGUCUCCCAACAGUAUCAUGGAGAAGUUAGUCCUGGACAACCAGGUGCUGGCUACCGACUGCCUGGGGUUCGAGAUGAAAACCAACAAGAGGAAUACUCCGGGCAAAUCUAAGAAGAUGGUCGCCUACGUCCAGUUUGAGACCGUGGACGAUGCUAUGGUGGUGCUCGCCUACUGGGGAAUCAAGGAGGGGUUGAGGAUAUCCUUUACAAAAGAGAGUAUAGAGGAAUUAAAAAGAACUUUUAAAGAGAAACAUAUAAAAACUGUGUCGGGAAACGAAACUUUUUUUUAAAUAAUCUUAAUAUUUUUAAAAUUUUUAUUCUUGGGUUGUUUAUUUGUAGAUGCGACAAAUUAUGUUGUAAAAACUGUUGAUGGAGGUUUCGAAAAAUAUUUGGUUUAAACCCAAAAGAAAUUCGCAAAAAUCGUGCAAAUCUUCUCUUGUUUCAGAA